GGAAGCAGUCAGGAGCCGCCUGCCUUCCUCUUUAUGACAGCAGCGUCAAACAGACAGGGAAGUAUUUGAUCUAAACGGCCGAGUUGAGCUCAAAAUAGUCUCCCUUUGAUUUAGAGCUGCACAUUUAAAUAGCAUCGAACAUGUCGAAGAACACAGUGUCGGCACGCUUUCGGCGAGUAGACGUGGAUGAAUACGACGAGAACAAAUUUGUGGACGAAGAGGAUGGAGGAGAAAAUCAGCUGGGUCCUGACGAGACGGAAGUAGACGCCCUUAUCAGACAAGGGAAUCUCAUUGAGGCGUUACAUGCAGUACUGAAGAACCCACCUAUCAAUACAAAAAAUCAGAACGUCAAGGACCGAGCUGAGGGCCUGGUGCUGAAGGUGCUCAGUGCCUUUAAGAGCAGCGACAUCGAGAAAGCAGUGCAAUCGCUCGACAAGAACGGGGUGGACCUGCUGAUGAAAUAUAUCUACAAAGGCUUUGAGAGGCCCUCAGAGAACAGCAGCGCAGUUCUGCUGCAGUGGCAUGAAAAGGCUCUGGCUGCCGGAGGAGUGGGCAGCAUUGUCAGGGUACUAACGGCGAGGAAAACGGUGUAAAAGCAGAGAUCAAACACGCCGCACUGUUCACGUCCCAGAGGGCAUCGCAGCUCAACAGAACACCAGAUUUUAGUUUUACCCACUCAGGUGCUGAUUUUCGUGAGACGUAAACAUGGGACUUGAAAAGUGGGUUAAAACAGUUUUUCUUUAUUUCUUCCAUUUCAGUUUUCACAGCCUAAACCACAGUCCUCACAGGGUGCUAAAAUACCUUCCUACUACAUCCAUUUGCUGAUCCCUCUGAGAUCAGCGGUCCCUCUGCUGUUUACGCUCUACUUUAGAGAAGAAACACUGGUGGGAAUUCUGCACCAACUACUAAUCAGUAAUCUCAUUUUUUGGUUCCCAUUAUGUUACUUUAGCAUCAGAGACCCCUAAGUGGGG